CCACAACACCACUCGCCGCAAAGCGAUCUCUUGCUGAAAGAGUCAUCGUUGAGGUGUCGACUUUUGGUUUUGGCUGUGGCCUUGACUGUUUUGGGUGCUGCCAUCGGAGCAAUGGCCAUAUAUUUUGCUGGUAGUUAUCGCUGUCAACAACCGACCACAAGCCAUAACCUAGAUAAUAAUCAAAACUUCAACAAUAUCACAGAAUUCAUAUCAGAUAAAGAUGACAUCUGUUUGACAGAAGAAUGUGUGAGAACGGCGGCCUACUUAUUGUCAGCCAUGGAUACCAGUGCGAAUCCAUGUGAGAAUUUUUUUCAAUAUGCCUGCGGAACAUGGAAUAAAAUUCAUAUAAUACCAGAAGAUCGAAGUUCUAUAAGCACUUUUGAGGUUCUGGCAGAUCAACAACAGGUCAUACUCAAAGGAGUUCUCGAAGAACCCAUCAAUGCUCUGGAUAAUCAAGCAACGAUAAAAGCAAAAAUGUUCUACAAUAGCUGUAUCGAUAUACCCCAAAUACGCAAAGUGGGUACAGAACGUUUAAAAAAUGUUCUCAAAUCACUGGGCGGCUGGCCGGUUAUAGAACCCAAUUGGUCACCCCCCAACAUUAGUAUAGAAGAAUUGAUUGGUACAUUGCGCGGUGCCUAUGGUGAACCUGUCCUAAUUGAAUUGUAUGUUGGGGCAGAUGAUAAAAAUUCCUCCAUACACAUAUUACAAAUAGAUCAAUUCCCCCUGGCAUUACCCUCCCGAGAUUAUUAUCUGAAGGCAAGUAGUGAAAAUGAUUUGAAAGCGUAUCAUAAAUAUAUGACCCAAACGGCCAUAUUAAUGGGUGCCAAUGCCACAACCGCCAAGGAGGAACUAAAUGAUGUCUUACAACUCGAGGUCCAGCUAGUUAAUGCCACUCUACCGGAGGCGGAUCGUCAUGAUACCAGUGCCAUAUAUCGUAAAAUCACCCUACCCGAAUUACAAGCUGAAGUGCCACAAAUAAAUUGGACUUUGUUUCUGCAAACCGCUUUGGGUAAUAAUGUGCAGUUGAGGCCGGAUGAACAGCUAGUUAGCUAUGCCAUGCCAUAUCUAAUUGAAAUGGGUAAAAUUCUCGUGAAGACCGAUACCCGAACUUUACACAAUUAUGUUAUGUGGCGUUUGGUUAUGUCCAUAAUGAAUCACAUGAUCGAUGAUUAUCAAAAGGAAAGAGUGGAGUUUCGAAAAAUCCUAUUGGGUAUACAAACGGAAAGGGUACGAUGGUCUCAGUGUGUCGAUUGGACCAAUAAGAAAUUGGGUAUGGCCGUGGGAGCGCUGUUUAUUCGCGACAAUUUCAAUCAAAAUAGUAAAGAUACAGCCUUGGAAAUGAUUCACACCAUCCGAGAGGCGUUCAAUGAGCUGUUGGCCGAAAAUCAUUGGAUGGAUGAUGAAACGCGGGCAGUGGCCAAAGAGAAGGCGGAUACAAUGAAUGAACGAAUUGGUUAUCCGGAGAUACUAACCGAUGCCAAGGAAUUGGAAAAGGAAUUUGUAAAUCUGACCAUAGCGCCCGACAACUUUAUGGAUAAUGUUUUAAGUAUCUUGAAAUGGGAAUCCGAAAAGAAUAUGCAACUCCUACGACAGCCUGUUGACAAGGAAAAAUGGACCACCGAACCAGCCGUGGUGAAUGCAUUCUACAAUCCCAAUAAAAAUGAUAUUGUUUUCCCUGCUGGUAUUUUACAACCUCUAUUUUACAGUCAGCACUUCCCCAAAUCACUAAAUUAUGGUGGUAUUGGUGUGGCCUAUAAAAAAUGGGUACAACGUCAUGGUCCGGAACAACGAUUGCCCGGCCUUAAUCUAACACAUGACCAAUUGUUCUUCUUAAAUUAUGCUCAAAUAUGGUGUGGAUCGAUGCGUCCCGAAGAUGCGCUAACCAAAAUACGUUCCUCUGUACAUUCGCCGGGUUCAAUACGAGUAUUGGGUCCGCUAUCAAAUUCCAAAGACUUUGCUGAAGCGUAUCAAUGUGAGCUGGGUUCACCAAUGAAUCCCGUGGAAAAGUGUAGUGUAUGGUGAAUGAAAGG